UCACUCUCCUUAGGCGGUUCUUCCUCCUCCCGAUCCAUCCGCACACGGCGGCGGCCGCCUCCUCUCCCCCCGCGGCCGAGCUCGCUCCUCCGCCCGCCGCCUGAACUCGUCUCGCCCGCGGCUGAUCUCCUCCCUCCGCUCGCCGCGCCGCAACCCAGAGAGGAGACCCCGCUCGGUCGAGCACCACCUGGGGCCCAGCGUCCUCGCGACCAGCUCCGGCGCGGCGUCCGCCCUCUUCAGCCCCGGUGUCCCCGCGACCGGCUCCGGCGCGGCCGGCACACAGCUCCACAGGAGCAUCGUUAUUUCUAGAAUACAAUCUACUUUAUAGCUGACAACAAUGUCAGCUUCUACUGCUGCAAUUCCUACUGCGAAUACAAAUGGAAACCAUGCAUUAAGUACGGACUCACAUUCUAGCCAAGAUGCUAGGCGGCGAACAGCUGGUAUUACAAGAAGAAAAGCCUUGCCUCCGAUUCUUGCAAAAAUUCCUAGCAAUGAUCUGAGUCAUACUAUCCGCGGAGAAUCAGUUCUUGACAAGUCAAAACAUUCUUCUGAAGCAAGAAAAGAUGCGGUUGCUUCAGCAGCUGCUGUACGCCAAAAGAAAAGCCCUACUAAACAAGAAAAAGCUAAGUGGGUAACUGCCUUAAGUGUGCUCGUGAAGCUGUGUCUUCUUAUUUCAGCUACUGCUUGGAUGGGGCAGGUGUUCUGGAGAUGGCAAAGUGGUGAAUUAUCAUUAACACUGGAUAUGGAGAGCAGGCUAUCCAAGGUGGAAGGAUUUAAGAAGACUGCCAAGAUGCUUCAGCUACAGUUGGAUGUUUUGGAUAAGAAGCUAGGAAAUGAGAUUGACAAAGCAAAAAGGGAUAUCACUAAGCAAUUUGAGGAUAAGGGUAGCAAGAUAGAAAAAAAAAUGAAGACUUUGGAAGACAAAACUGACAAGUUGGAUAAAUCACUGGCUGAGCUUAGUGACAUGGGAUUCCUUUCCAAAAAUGAGUUUGAGGAGAUUUUGAGCCAGUUGAAGAAAAAGAAGGGAUUCGGUGGUACAGACGAUGAAAUAAGCUUGGAUGAUAUAAGGCUAUAUGCCAAAGAGGUAGUUGAGAUGGAGAUAGCAAGGCAUUCCGCAGAUGGCCUUGGUAUGGUGGAUUAUGCAUUGGGAUCAGGGGGUGCUAAAGUGGUAAGUCACUCAGAGCCUUUCAUGAAUGGCAAGAACUAUUUACCUGGUCGCAGCAUUGUGCACACAACAGCUCAAAAGAUGCUGGAGCCAAGUUUUGGGCAGCCAGGAGAGUGUUUUGCACUGAAAGGAAGUAGUGGGUUUGUGAAGGUGAAGCUAAGAACAGGAAUAAUUCCUGAGGCGGUCACUCUAGAACAUGUUGACAAGAGUGUGGCCUAUGAUAGAUCAAGUGCUCCAAAGGAUUUCCAGGUCCGUGGAUGGUACCAAGGAUCACAUGAUGAUUCAGAAAAGCAUUCAAAUGUGAUGGCUGCUUUAGGAGAGUUCUCUUAUGACCUUGACAAAAGCAAUGCUCAGACCUUCCAACUAGAGAGAACCGCUGAUUCACGGGUUGUCAACAUGGUUCAGCUUGACUUCUCCUCAAACCAUGGGAACUUGGAACUUACAUGCAUCUAUCGCUUCAGGGUGCAUGGCAGAGAGCCUGGCUCACUCAACACUGGAGCCUGAUCUGAGACAUGCAUACCAAAGCGUGACAAGAUUCUUGCAGCAUUUCUGCUGAUAUGAGCUUUGGUUCAGUGUUUCGUGGUAGUCGGAGCACAUCAAGCCCCCUACCACAGACAGUUCUUGAACAGGAGGAAGAAUGAAUGGAAUAAGAUGAGGCAAACGAAUGUUCAGGUCAUGACAAGGGACCAGCGCCAGUGCACCAGUAUUGACUAUGUUCUUUUCAAAAAAAAAAAAGUAUUGGUAAUGUUGGUUUUAUUCUGUUGCACAUUGUUAUGAACAGCUCCGACAUGUGUACCUUGUUGGAUUUCUUUUGUUCGGCUGUUCAUAGUUUGGCUUCAAAUUUGACUGUGUUUGCAUCUCAGGACUCUCGCUCCGUUUGAA